UGUGUUUUCUCUCCGUGAAUACAGCUAAGUAAGAGACGCUCAGGAGACAGCCAUGUCAGCACAGCGAGUGUGUGUGUCCGACUUUGAGAAAGAAGCCGAGAAAGUUCUUCCUAAAGCCGUCUACGACUACUACCGCUCAGGAGCUGAUGAGCAGAACACGCUGGCUGACAAUGUGGCUGCCUUCAACAGGUGGCGUCUCCUCCCCCGGGUGUUGAGGGACGUCUCCUCAGUGGAUCUGUCCAUCUCUCUGCUAGGACAGAAGCUCAGCAUGCCGGUCUGUGUGGGAGCCACCGCCAUGCAGAGGAUGGCUCACCCUGAGGGGGAGACGGCCACAGCCAGAGCAUGCCGAGCAGCGGGGACAGGGAUGAUGCUGAGCUCCUGGGCAACCUCCACCAUAGAGGAAGUGAUGUCAGCGAUGACAGCCUCAGAAGGCGGGGUCAUGUGGCUGCAGCUCUACAUCUACAGGGACCGAGAGCUCACUCUGUCAUUGGUCCGCCGGGCAGAGGAGGCGGGCUAUAAGGCCAUCUUUGUCACCGUGGAUACGCCUUACCUGGGGAGGAGAUUGGAUGACAUGCGCAACCGCUUUAAACUUCCCUCACACCUCAGCAUGUCUAACUUUUCAUCAGCCUCAAUGGCUUUCUCUGAGGGUAACUAUGGCAACGACAGUGGUUUGGCUGUUUAUGUUGCCAAAGCGAUAGACCCCACCCUCUGCUGGGACGACAUCACAUGGCUAAAAAAACAAACACACCUACCUGUGAUCGUCAAGGGAGUCCUAAAUGCUGAGGAUGCUCUCCAGGCUGUGAACUAUGGUGUCGAUGGUAUCCUGGUGUCCAAUCACGGAGCUCGACAACUGGAUGGGGUUCCUGCCACGCUGGAUGUGCUGGAGGAGGUGGUGGGGGCAGUGCAGGGUCGCUGUGACGUCUUCAUGGACGGGGGAGUGAGGCGGGGGUCCGACGUGCUGAAGGCUUUGGCUCUGGGGGCCAAGGCAGUCUUCAUCGGCCGCCCCGUGCUGUGGGGGCUCGCCUGUCAGGGGGAACAGGGAGUUACAGAGAUCCUGGAACUUUUUAAAGAGGAGCUACGACUGGCUAUGGCUCUGUCAGGUUGUCGUUCUGUAUCUGAGGUCAGCAGGUCUCUGGUCAGGAGAGCAGACUUCACUUCCAGAAUGUGAGAGAAGGAUCUGCUGAUAAUUAUUAAACUGAUGUUUUUCAAUUAUUACUAUUUUUGUAUUUAUCUGUGUUUGUUCAAAUGUAUCGCUGCAGCUGGUUUGACUUAAAAUAGUAUAUUAUUAAAUGUAAUAAUACUGGUUAAUGUCUACAAGUGAGUGAAUAAAGAGGAAAUUAUUCAAAUUUAGCUUAAUAAUUUUGAAAGAAGUUGCAAUGCUUUUUGUUUCAUAUUACUUUUGUAACAACAUUGUUUUAUAUAUCACUGUUUGUGUUUCUAAAGUAAUUUUGUUUCAAAUAAAUCCCCAUUAUGAAGCAGAAGUAACAUUAAAAUGAUAAAGCUGAAACUAAAUACUGUUAUCAAUUAUCUGACUGGUUUGUUACUUAAAUAACACAAAUCAAACACUAGAGGUCACUAUGUCCACAAUGCUUACAAAAGUCUCUGGAACGUUCCUCCUGCUUACCAAGAGGUCAUAUCCAGAGACAGACCACAGCAUAUCACAUAUUCUCUUCAUGGUGGCCAAACUGUAUCAAUGUAUCAAAUAAAUAAAGCAAAUAAAACACUUUAAUCAAAGAGU